ACGAGCAAAUCUCGUUGCUCUUCGCGCCAGCCAGCCGCGGCUUCGGGCUUUCUUCUGCAUUCUUGUGCAGCUCUCACUGAAUUGUGUUCUGAACGAACAUGAAGCUGCAGCUGCAGGUCCGAGCUCUGAGACAGACCGAGAGGCAUUGACGGGAAUCGUUUUUUUUUUUUGGAAGCCAGCCGCUCCAGGGCGUGAGGAGCAGCAAUGGCGUGUGGUAGCGUGGCUGUUUGCGGAGUGAACCCGACUUGCGUCACGUGCGAGAGGGUCUCGAGAACUUUGCAGAGCCCUGCGUCGGUCUCCACGAGCACGCGAAGUGUACGGGAAUGGAGCAGUGGGAGUUCUGCCAUGUUCAGAGUGGAAUUUUCCGCAGGAUAUUUUAUGCCCAUAGCUUCUCAAAGACCACCCCGCAGCAGAAGCAGACGUGUGGAAGCUGCAAUGGUGUCCGAGGAUGCAGUGCAAGAGUGGACUGACUUGGAAUCAGAUAUUGCUUACCUGACACGAUCUGCAAGACUUGUUCAGUGGUAUCCAGGUCAUAUUGCCAAAGCCGAAAAGUCUCUCAAGGAACAGCUUCGCCUGGUUGAUGUCGUUGUAGAAGUGCGUGAUGCAAGAAUACCACUCGCCACUACUCAUCCGGAGAUUGACGACUGGAUUGGAGAUAAGAAGAAAAUUGUGGUUUUGAAUCGUGAGGAUAUGGUAUCUAGAGACGACAAAAAUGCCUGGGCAGGCUACUACACAAGCAAGGGCGUAACAACUCUUCUAACAGAUGGUCAGCGCGGAGCUGGUAUCAUGAAACUUGGAAGGGUGGCAAGGUCUGUAGCUACUGAGAUCAAUCUGAAGAGGAGAGACAAAGGCCUUCUACCUCGUGCAGUCCGCUGUGCUGUUGUAGGCUAUCCGAACGUUGGGAAGUCAUCCGUCAUCAAUAGAUUGUUGAAGCGUAAGGUCUGUGAGACGGCCCCUCGACCAGGAGUAACGCGUGACUUGAGAUGGACACGAAUUGCAGAAGGACUUGAUCUCAUGGAUGCUCCAGGAGUCUUACCGAUGAGAAUCCAGGAUCAGGCUGCCGCCACGAGGUUGGCCAUAUGCAAUGAUAUCGGAGAGGCAUCGUAUGCAGUUGCAGGAGUCGCAUCAGUGCUGGUAGAGAUGCUCAAGAGAAUACCUACUGCGGGGCCAAAAGUUCUCACCUCGCGGUAUAACAUCCAGGCAGCAGAUCUUUCGGGUGAAGAGUUUCUGGAACAGCUCGGACAAGACAAGUUUCAGGGGGAUGUGAACCAAGCAGCUUUUCGUGUACUACGAGAUUUCAGGAAAGGAGCUUUUGGUUGGCUAGCGCUGGAAAGACCUCCUUCUGAAAAAUCCUUUUAAAACAUACAUUCUCUGGUGCUAUGCCAAAUGAAAGUCGACCCCACAGCUGCGGCUGCUUCUGUGGAGACGAUAUAUGUUGUACAUAUAACCGUGAGGAUACAUAUUCAACAUGUAUCGUCACGAAUCCUUGUAUGAAGAGAGUAGACGCCAGAAGCUAGACCGGUUUAGUUCUGAAGCACGUCGCUUACUGUAGCAUUUAGCACUUGGAGUUAACUUUCAUUCAGUGAAAUCGCUCUUCCUUUCAAGGAGAAGGCUUUUAUGAUUUGCACCUCGCUCUACUUUUUGGGGAGAGAAUUUGUGUGCCCCAUGGAUAACAUCAAUGCAAUCUUUACUUUCUGUUGGAUCAUAUCUU